GAUGAUUGGGGAUCGUUCGCGGACCGCCCCUCCUUCGAGUUCUGUGAGCUCAUCUUCGAGAAGAUGCUCACAUCGGUCGGCGACAUCAACUGGCUCCUCAAGAUCAUUCAGGCUAAGAAUGAUCUCGGCAGCGGCGACCCCGCUAUCUUCCAAGAUGCCGACGACAUGUACGCUGCUAUAGAUGGAAUCGACGUCGAGGGUGCCGGGUGGCGCUCUUUUCGAGUUCGAUACACUGGCCGUGUGACGGCGGAGUCUCCCGCAUGGAUGCGUGAGACGUACGUCGUCCACACUCGAGACACGCUCGCCUUGCUCAAGAGCAUGAUAGCUAAUCGCGAGUUCGAUGGCAAGUGGCACUAUUCGCCGUUCGAGGAGACGAACGCGUCGGGAAAACGUGUCUGGUCGGACUUGAUGUCCGGACACUGGGCCUGGAAGCAAGCCGAUAAGAUUGCCGAGGAUCCCGCCACACAUGGUGCAAUGCUCGUGCCGGUCAUCCUCGGCUCUGACAAGACUACAGUCUCUGUCGCCACCGGUCAUCAAGAGUUCCAUCCAGUCUACCUAUCUCCCGGAAAUGUACACAAUAAUAUCCGUCGAGCUCAUGGGGAUGCCGUCUUGCCCGUGGCAUUCCUCGCCAUACCGAAGACCUGCCGACAGUUCAAUGAUGACGACGACUACAAGACAUUUCGCAAGCAAUUGUACCAUGCGUCGUACGCACGCAUCCUCUCCCCACUGCGCCCAGCGAUGACGACACCAAUCCCGUGUCGAUGCCCUGACGCCAAUUUCCGUCCCACGAUCUUCGAAAUUGGCCCUAUCAUUGCCGACUACCCAGAGCAGGUCUACCUUGCGCUCAUUGUAUAUGGAUGGUGUGCCAAAUGUUUCGCACCACCAGAUGAGCUUCAUGCAGCCGGUGACCCACGAUAUCGUGCGAAGACCGAAACACUCACGGAGCUCCUUGAUCCGGACAUCCUAUGGGAUGCCUUUGGCAUCGUGAAUGACGUUCUACCCUUUACUUCUUACUUCCCCCGUGCCGACAUCCAUGAGCUCCUCACUCCCGACCUUCUGCACCAGCUCAUCAAGGGCACCUUCAAAGACCACAUCGUCACGUGGGUGGAGCAGUACAUUUAUCAGGUCCAUGGUGAGGCAGAGGGAAGACGUAUCAUGGACGAUAUUGACCGUCGUAUUGCAGCAUCUCCGGCCUUUCCUGGCCUUCGUCACUUCAAGGAGGGCCGUAACUAUAAGCAAUGGACAGGUAAUGACUCCAAAGCUCUUAUGAAGGUCUUUGUAGCCGCCAUCGUUGGCUAUGUACCCGAUAAGAUGGUCCAGUGCAUAUCUGCUCUCCUCGAUUUCACCUAUAUCGCUCGCCGUGACGCACACGACUCCCAUUCCCUUCUUUGCAUGGAAGAGGCCCUCGAGCGUUUCCACGACCUUCGCACCAUCUUUGAAGAAGUCGGCCUCCGUGACGACAACUUCUCUCUCCCUCGCCAACAUGCACUUAUUCACUACGUCCGAUCCAUCAAACUAUUCGGCUCUCCAAACGGUCUCUGUUCCUCUAUCACAGAGUCAAAGCACAUCCGAGCUGUCAAGCGCCCGUGGCGUUCGACCAGCAAACACAAUGCUCUUCCACAAAUCCUCUUGAAGAACGAACGUCUCUUGAAGAUGUCGAUGGCGCGUUCAGACUUCGGGCGGCGCGGAAUGUUAGUCGGGGAUGUUUUAUCAUAUGUUACUUUCGGCCCGGAUCUGCCAGUGAUUUUUGAGGAUGAGGAAGAGGAAGCACGGGCACAGGCAGAGGCAGAUGUUGAGGAUGUUGAUGGCGAACGUCGGGAUACAAUUGUUAAGCUUUCGUCACGUCCGGCUUAUUCUCAGGACGUACAGUCUCUGAGUCUUGAGCUAGGUGAACCUGGUCUCUCCGACAUGAUCAGAAGAUUCCUCUAUGAUCAGAUCUAUGCUGGGCCCGAUUUUGACGCUGAUGACGUUGAUCCUGACGAGUGGCCCGAGUUUCGAGGCCGUUUGUCUGUGCAUAGUUCCGCUUCUGUUCUUUUUUAUUCUCCUAGUGAGCUUUCAGGACCGGGAGGUAUGCGUCGGGAGUACAUUCGGAGUACUGACCGCUGGUAUAAUGCUCGUGAACGGCGUGAUACUGCCCUUGUUCAGGUUGGUACACAGCCCGAUGAUCGUUUGGAUGGAAUGUUUGUUUGCCGUGUUCUUCGUUUUAUCUCUUUUGUCCAUGACCAUGUUCUUUACCCUUGUGCUCUUGUUAAUUGGUUCAUACCCGAUGAAGAGCCUGAUGAAGUGACUGGGAUGUGGAUUGUACGCCCUGAGAAGGUUGGAGGUCGACGUUCCGUUGGUUUGAUUCACUUAGAAUGCUUUGUUCGUGCUUGUCAUUUACUCCCGGUCUUUGGUAACACAAGAAUACCCCACUCAUUUCAACAUUCCGACUCCCUUUCUGCUUUCAAAGCCUUCUACCUUAACCAAUUUAUUGAUUAUCACUCUCAUGAAUGUAUU